AUGAUCGUUACCAUGACAACAUCGGGAGCCCAACUCCUCUUGGUGGCCUUGUGUGUUUACCGAAGCCUGGGCCUUCAGCAGUCGGCGCCACGGGUUCGCCUCUCCUUCAAAGAACUGAUGGACACUCGAGCCGCGCGACCCUUCAGUUUCUCCUUCAACACCAGUGACUAUCGCAUUCUCCUGAUGGAUCAGGACCAGGGCCGCUUGUACCUGGGCAGCAGGGAGUACCUGGUGGCUCUGGACAUGCACAACGUCAACAAAGAACCGCUAAUAAUCCAUUGGCCAGCGUCUGCCAAGAGAAAAGGGGAAUGCCAGAUGACAGGAAAGGGAAGACAGGGCGAAUGUGCUAACUUUGUGCGUCUGAUUGAGCCGUGGAACCGAACCCACCUGUACACCUGCGGAACGGGGGCUUACCAGCCCAUCUGCACGUUCAUAAACAGAGGCUGGAGGGCGGAGGACUACUUGUUUCGGCUGGUCCCUGGUUAUGUGGACUCUGGGAAGGGGAAAUGUUCAUACGAUCCCAAAGAAGAAAAUGUUGCAGUGCUUAUUAAUGGGAACCUGUAUGCAGGGGUCCAUAUUGACUUCAUGAGCACAGAUGCAGCUCUUUUUAGGACCAUGGGUGGGAGAACCGCCAUCCGGACGGAGCAGUACGAUUCCAGGUGGCUCAACGAGCCGGUGUUUGUGCAGAUCCAGCAAAUCCCUGACAGCGCAGAGAGCAACGAUGACAAACUCUACUUCUUUUUCCGUGAGAAGAGCUUGGACUCCAGUGGAGGGACGAGCCCUAAUGUCCUGGCUAGAGUUGGGAGAGUGUGUCUGAAUGACGAAGGAGGUCAAAAAUCACUAGUGAACCGCUGGACGACAUUCCUCAAAGCUCGUCUAAUCUGCUCAGUGAUCGGCGACGAUGGAGUGGAGACACGAUUCGAUGAACUACGUGACGUCUUCAUACAGCCCACGCAGGAUGAAAGAAACCCAAUGGUGUUCGCUCUCUUCACCACUGCAGGCUCGGUGUUCAAGGGCUCAGCAGUGUGCGUGUACUCCAUGGCCGAUAUUCGCAACGUCUUCAACGGGCCCUUCGCCCACAAGCACGGCCACAAUUACCAAUGGACCGAGUACAACGGCAAGAUUCCCUACCCGAGACCAGGAACGUGCCCUGGAGGAACCUUCACACCUGGGAUCCGCUCAUCCAAGAGCUUCUCGGACGAGGCGGUCAAUUUCAUCCGGGCUCAUCCCCUCAUGUUUCACCCUGUGUAUCCCAUCCACCGCCGCCCCCUUGUGGUGAGGACCGGCGUGGACUACCGCUUCACGGCCCUGGUAGUGGAUCAGGUGGAUGCGGUGGACGGUCGCUACGAGGUGCUCUUCCUGGGUACAGAUCGUGGCACCAUCCAGAAAGUCAUUGUUUUGCCCAAAGACCCGACCAACAUGGAGGAGCUGACGCUAGAGGAAGUCGAGGUUUUCCGAAGCAGAGCAGCCGUCAAAACAAUGAAGAUCUCGUCCAAACGCCAACAACUAUACGUGUCGUCAGAUGCGGGCUUGACACAGGUGUCACUGCACCGCUGUGGCGUUUACGGCAGGGCCUGCUCCGACUGCUGCCUCGCACGGGAUCCUUACUGCGCCUGGGAUGGGGAGAGCUGCUCGGCCUUUACUCCUUCCACUAAGAGGAGGAGCAGAAGGCAGGACGUGAAGCAUGGCGAUCCUCUGAGGCAGUGCCGAGGUUUUAACGCCAAAGUGGAGAAACGUCUGCGAGAAACGGUGCAAUUUGGGGUGAAAGGAAGCAGCACCUUUUUAGAGUGUCAACCUCGCUCUCCACAGGCCAGCGUCAAGUGGCUUUUUCAGAGGGAUGGCAAAAGGAAAGUGCUAAGCCGAGUCGGAGACGUGGUGAAGACUAACCACGGCAUCCUCCUCAAGUCCCUGAAUGGCUCGGAUGCCGGGCUCUACCACUGCCUGGCUACAGAGAACAACUUCAAACACACGGUGGCACGCGUGGCGCUGCGCAUCCUCGAUCGCGACAUCGUAUUGGCGCUCAGCGCUCGAGACGAUGACGAAGAUGAGCCCGAGACUCACGACGUGCGACCUGACCCUCGGUCGUCAUUCUCUUCCACGCCUUUCCCUCCUGAGAUCAGACUGAUAAACCAAUACUGCCAAUCCUAUUGGGAGCAGGCUGGUCCGAACCAGCGGCAACAGCGCAAGCGCACCAGCCGGCGGCACGUGGAGAGCCAGGAGCAAGGUCUGGGGUAG